AUCAUGGCUGGGAGGCCGCUGCCUCCAAGCGGCACUGUGUGCGCGGCCGCCUAUCCCGACACCCCUGCCGAAUUUCCCCUGCACCUCCAGGCCGGCGCGAUGCGGCGCCGCUUCUGGGGCGUGUUCAACUGCCUGUGCGCCGGCGCGUUCGGGGCCUUGGCCGCCGCCUCCGCCAAGCUGGCCUUCGGCAGCGAGGUCAACACAGGCUUAUGCGUAUUAGGCAUUGUGGGAAUGGCAUUCACCAAUUCUCUGAUGUGGACGUUCUUUAGCCGGGGCCUGAGUUUCUCUAUGUCUUCGGCCAUUGCAUCUGUCACAGUGACUUUUUCAAACAUCCUCAGCUCGGCUUUCCUGGGCUUCGUGCUGUACGGAGAGUGCCAGGAGGUUUUGUGGUGGGGAGGCGUGUUCCUCAUCCUCUGCGGACUCACCCUGAUCCACAGAAAACUCCCACCCACAUGGAAGGCCCUUCCACAGAAACAGCAGUAA